GUUUCCCCUCCCCGAGGUCAGCUGCAAUUCACCAAAGGGAUCAACGUCGGAAUCUUCUCCCGUGAGUGCGAGGAAGGAGUGACUGCGUGUCUGCGCCGCAACACACAAGAGCGAUGCUUUUUGUGCUUUGCAGCAUCCCCUGCUCGUGUGUGGUGGACCGUUCCUCAGUUCUCGCCCGUCUAGUCGGAGUGGGAGCCGCGCACGCGGACCAAUAAAGCUGCUCGUGGAUCCAGCGAGACGCAGCACUCGGGACUCUCUAUCGCGCAAUUCCAACACAUGGAUAUGGAUAUUUCCGUGGCUUUGUUAUACCUUUUGCUUUUUUCCAAACCAGUUUUGGCUUUUGGCACGGAUCAAGACUACCAAAUUGAUAUAAUCAAUGAACUUGACUUGGCAAACGCUACCUAUGGAAUUACCCAAGUGGCCGGGCUUCACAAUAGCAGCAAAGCCUUCGUUUUUCGAGAUGUCGGAAGAGCCGUUCAAGCACCAGCACACAUCGCAGAGAAAGUCAUGCAGCUAUUCAGGAGAAAAAGUGAAUUCACCUUUUUGGCCUCCAUCCAACAGAAGUCCUCAACGUCGGGUGUCAUAUUCUCCAUCCAUGAGUCAGAACACAGCUACUUUGAAUUGGAGAGCAGCGGCGUUCGAGAGGAGAUCCGCUACCACUAUCGCUUCAAGGGCAAGCCCCGCACCGAGUCCUUCCCCUACCGUCUCGCUGAUGGCCAGUGGCACAAAAUUGCCCUCACUAUAAGCUCCUCCCACCUACUGCUGCACGUCGAUUGUAACAGGAUUUAUGAGCGAGUGAUCGACCCUCCUCAGAUGGAACUCACGCCGGGAAGCGGCGUUUGGCUGGGCCAGCACGGCCACAAACACGGCCUGUUCAAGGGCGUUAUCCAGGAUGUGAAGUUUGUUUUUGCUCCCAACGGCUACAUCAGCCAGUGCCCAAACCUUAACCGCACCUGCCCAACCUGCAGUGAUUUCUUGAGCCUGGUGCAAGGCAUUAUGGACCUGCAGGAUCUACUUGCCAAGAUGACCCUCAAGCUAAAUUACGCCGAGUCCAGGCUGACCCAGCUUGAGGGAUGUCACUGCGAGAAGACCUGCAGUGCCAACGGCCUCGUCUAUAGAGAUAAGGAGCUGUGGGCGGAGCCGCAAAAUUGCAGGAACUGCGCAUGUAAGAAUGGAGUGGUAGAGUGCCGCAGGAUUUUCUGUCCGCCUACAAAUUGCUCAGAGGACUCAUUGCCAGUGCACGUGGAUGGGACCUGCUGUAAGAAAUGCAGACCAAAAUGCAGUUACAUGGGACAGGUCUUGUCUGAGGGCCAACGCCUUUUAUCCAGGAGCUGCAGGGAAUGCAAGAAUGGCCUGAUGGUGAAAGUGACAGAAACCUGUCCAGAGCUCAACUGUUCCGUCAGUGAACAGGUACUGAGAGACGGGAGAUGCUGCAAUGUUUGUCAAGGUUACGACUUCUGCGCAGAAGGGGUCAUCUGUGGAGAAAACUCUCUGUGCAAAAACAGGGAUACGAAAGCGGAGUGUGAAUGCAAGCGUGGCUUUGCCUCCAUUCAAGGGGAUUCGACUUACUGUGAAGAUAUCGAUGAGUGUGCAACGCAAAUGCAAUACUGCCAGUCCAACACGGUGUGCGUCAACCUUCCCGGCAGUCAUCGCUGCGACUGUUUGCCAGGCUUCACCCGAGUGGAUGAAUAUUCCUGCACCGAGCACGAUGAGUGUGCCAGUAGUCAGAACUCAUGCGACGACAAUGCAAUCUGCACCAACACCAUUCGAGGACAUCUGUGCACCUGCAAGCCAGGCUAUGUUGGAAAUGGUACCAUCUGCAGAGCUUUCUGUGAAGAGGGCUGCAGGAGCGGCGGCACAUGCGUGUCUCCCAACACAUGCGUUUGCCCUUCGGGAUUCACGGGACGAUUCUGUGAGACAGAUAUCAACGAGUGUACGGAGGGCCUGAUUGAGUGUCACAACCAUUCCCGCUGCGUCAACCUCCCCGGCUGGUACCAUUGUGAAUGCAGAACUGGUUUCCAUGACAAUGGCUCCUAUCUGCUUGACGGGAGCUCAUGCAUUGAUAUCGAUGAGUGCAGCUUGCAGAAGCACACCUGCUGGAAUAACAGUGUGUGUGUGAAUUUACCUGGAAGCUACGACUGCGUAUGUACAUCAGGUCCAGGCUGCACUGGGGACUGUCCACAGGAAGACGGCAUUAGAAGGAACAGAGAAGACUGGAAACCCAGCUAUGACAUCUGUACUAUUUGUUCCUGCAAGGAUGGCCAGACAUAUUGUCGAAGGAAACCAUGCGACUGCGGGGACCCAGAGGAGGAUCUGUUCUGCUGUCCGAGUUGUGAUAACAGACCCAGCAGCCAGUGUUUGGACCAGAGCGGCCGCACACUCUACCGGAGUGGCGCGUCCUGGCUGUAUGGCUGCCAGCAGUGCCGCUGCAUGGAAGGCGAGGUGGACUGCUGGCCUUUGGUUUGUCCCGUGCUGAUGUGCGACUACACGGCCGUGGCGGAAGGCGAAUGCUGCCCGCGCUGCGUCACAGACCCCUGCCUGGCUGACAGUCUGUCCUAUGACAUCCGACAAACGUGUUCGGACCACGCGGGCAUCACUCGCCUCAGUGGGGACACAUGGCAGAUGCCCAACUCGCCCUGCACCAGCUGCAUGUGUAAAAAUGGAAACGUCUGCUGUUCGCUGGAUCUCGACUGCCUUCAGAACAACUGAGGCGCCGCUUCUUCGCCGCGCUUUCUCUCACUACCUUUCCCUGACUCCUCCCCUUUCGCCACAGGGCCGCCACGCCCCACUCGUCGUGAAACAACUGAGCCCUUGAGGGUUUUUUGGGGGGGGGGGAUUAAAACUCUUGCACAUUCUUCUGUAUGCCAUUGUGUGCAUUGAAAAUAUAAACACACUGGUUGAGACAUUACAUUUUUUUUUUUGUUUGGUUUCCCCCCUCCCCCCC